AUGGGGAACCUCACAGUGUCCGAACUCCACAAAGCCCUCCCCGGGGGCAACUACUUGGACUGGCUGGUGGUGGACGAUGUACUCCACCAGAUCCUCGUGGACGCAAAGCAACUCACAAAACCGAUCAGGCACCUCCGCGUCCGCAUGCAACUCGAAGACCAACUCAUUGACCGCCUCCCACAGCUCCCGCUCUUCAUCCACUCGGCCUACGACGCCAACAAAGUCAACUGCAUGCUCUACCUCUUCCGGUACAUGAUGAAACUCAAAGGUGACCUUCAGACGCGCUGCCGCAAGCGCCGCCUGGUCCUGCCUGCCAACGCCGCCGCGGGGGAGCUCGGCACCUUCACCAAGCCGCCCGCGAACGUGAUCAGCAAACAUUUUGUGGAGAUCAACGUGCGGCGCGCCGGGAAGCCGGAAACCCGUCACCAGUCCAAUUGGCGGUAUUAUUAUACGGACGAUGGGGAAGGGGGCAAGGUGGUUUGCCGGUUGCCGCAGGGCAUGUACGGUGCGUUCGUGGAUGAGAUCAGAGACAAGAGGGUCUACUAUCGUCGGGACAAGGAUGUGCUUCAGCCGCUGUGGCCGGAGGCGGAGAGCAUGAAUGUGGCGGUUCGGGGGUUGAGGGAGAAGAUCGGCGAUGUGGUGGAGGGGGAGGAGGUGUGGUUGCGGGCCUUGUUUGCGUUGAUGCAUUCGGAUACGGGACCGGUUUGGUUCGUUGUUGCUGCUCGGGGUAAGAACCCUGAUGGUGUUGAUGGUGUUAUCUACCCUGGAUACGGGAGAUCCGGCUCUGAACGGCAGUGUAUGCAUGGGACUUCUCUUGGAGAUGAAGCAUCUCGUGACCAAGAGUCUUCUCGUGGAAGUCCAUCAAGAUCUCCCGAACUCGAUCGACAUUCUGAAGAUGAUCUACACUCAGAACCGGAAAUCCCACCACCGGCGCCAACGCGCGGAACCCGACACCUACACGCCCGCGAACCGCAUCCCCCAACCAACAAACCAACUCAUGAUCGCAUAUUCAUCCCGCCGUGGACGGUACCUCAGAUCCCACCACCACCGCAACCACAGCCGACAAUAACUCCUGCCCUGGGCGACCGCGACCCGCCGCCCGCCAGACCGUCUAGCUCUCGUUCCAUCCUGAACACUCCCCCGCAGCCGGACUGCGCGGAGACGGACCGGAGAACGAGGAGGCAUCUGACUAUAUCUUCUCUUCUGAACUGA